AUUUGAUCGUCUCGUCUUCGCUGUCAUCGCCAUCUCUGGUGGCUACGCUGGCGCGACGACUACAAUUUCGACGACCCGCAACCCCCCUCGAAUCGCGCCUAGCACCGCCCACGUCCCUAAGUCCAAAAUGACUGCGCACGCGACGAAGUCGGCGGUGGCAUCGCCGGUGUUCGUUCGUAUAUUGAACUAUCUAUUUCGGAGGUUAGGACUAUUUGUUGCUGAUCACGAUAAACUCGUACUAGCGGCCACACUGCUACUAACCGUCAUUUGUUCAGUGAAGAUCGUUUUCACUCCUCAACAAGAUGAUAUUCGAACAGGCUACACGCCCCGAGGAGCCCGAUCGCGAGAAGAAAUGGCCGUGUUCAAUGAGUUUUUCUCCUACUCGAAUCGGGAUCCAAUCGCUGUUUUUGCGUUUGUCGUAGCUAAGGACGGUGGCUCAAUGGCCCGAAUAGAACAUUUGAAAGAGGCCGUACGACAGUUGGAUUAUGCCGGUACAAAUGUCACUCAUCGUGGUCGUUCAUUCUACUCGCUUUGCACUGAUUUUUGCGAAAUCAACGAGCCGAUUCGACAAUUUUACAAUGGUCUUGUGAUGAAAGGCAACUCGUCCGAGCUUGAUCAACCGAUAUCGCUCACUUUUCCAACAAUGGAAGUGCUUGGCACAAAACUUGACCUUAGUCCGAAUUUCUUCGGUGUUGAGACGAAUGCCACUGAUCAUACCGUAACCUUUCUAAAAGUCGUUGGAGUGCAGUACCGAGCUGGACCACCGGACGAUUGGGAUAAAUAUGAUCUACAACAUUAUGAACGAGGAUUAUCAGCUUAUUUUCAGAAAGAAAUGCAAUCGGAUCUGUUGAAUAUAUACGCUUUUUCGCUGACAUACACAUCGGACGAGAUUGUCAGAACCGGCCUUUCCAUCUUUCCAUAUUUGGCUGUCGGAUUUACAAUCAUGAGCAUUUUCUCGGUGGCUACUGUAUUUUACAGUAGCAUGUCAAUGAAUCAGUGGAGCAAUCACAAGAUCACAAAUGCAGUAUUCGGUUGUAUAUGUCCUUUACUGGCUACCUCAUCCGCAUUGGGAUUCCUUUUCUGGUGUGGAUUUCGCUUUGGGACUAUCCUCUGCGUCACACCAUUCUUAGUCCUAGCUAUUGGUGUCGAUGAUGCCUACCUCAUGAUGCAUUCGUGGAUGCGAAUCUCUACUAAUGAUUCAACAAUGACAAGGCGUGAAAGAAUAGCCCACAUGUUGGUGGAUGUGGGUCCAUCUGUAACUAUUACCUCAUUGACGAAUUUUCUGGCUUUUCUUGUGGGAUAUUAUACUCCUACGCCAGAAAUUCAACUGUUCUGCAUUGGUAACUCAGUGGCAAUACUCUUCGAUUACUUUUAUCAGAUCACUAUGUAUGCUGCACUCAUGUCGAUAACGGGUGAUUUUGAAAUGCGAAAAGCAUCAAAAGCUUCCAAUGACCCUCAGUGGGUGACUUUAAAAAAGCAAAUGUUCUCUGACUAUCUCGAUGAGUACUCGCAAUGGUUGGCGAGUAAAUUUACAGCUACAUUCCUACUCAUAGUACUGAUAAUCUACUGGUUCCUCAGCAUCUUGGGUGCCACACAGAUUCAAAUCAUCUUGUCGGCUGAUAAGCUCGUGCUACAAGACUCGGAUUUGAUUACUAUGAACCAUCUGCGUGAACACUACAUUCUUGUAAACUACACCGUUGCAAAUCUUUUCGUGCAAAACCCUGGAGAUCUUGACGAUCCAGCUCGACUGCGGAUGGUGAACAGCCUUGUAGCAGCUUUCGAAUCCUAUCCGGAAUGUCUGGGUGCAAAUUUUAGCCAUUACUUUGUUCGAGAUUAUAAGUUCUUCCGUGAGAUGGUCGAACUUGAGGAAGAAGAGGCCUUUGGCGAAGGACCACAACGAAAUGAAACGUUUACAAAAGCAGCCAUGCAAUCAUUCUUCUCAUGGCCAGAGUUCAAACAUUGGAAUGGCUUUGUUAAAUUCGAUGAAAAGGGAAAGUUGACCCGGAUAUGGAUUACUAUCUCCUACCAUGGAGAUCGAAUGGGUGACAAUGUCUACAGAAAGGGAAUCCUAGAAAAGUGGCGGCGAACAGCAGAUAGCUACCCAGCCUUGAAUGUUUCCGUAUUCGAUGAUUACGCACCAUUCUUGGAUCAGCUCGAUUCGAUGCUCCCAGCAACCAUCUCCACCUCUAUAUGCACUUUAUUGUGCAUGAUGCUUGUUUGCUUUAUAUUUAUGUACAAUUUAUUCACUGUAAUUGUUGCUACGAUAUCUAUAACUUCAAUUUGCAUUGGAGUGUUUGGAAUGCUAUCCUUCUGGGGUGUUGAUCUCGAUCCAAUAUCUAUGGCCACUACGAUCAUGUCUAUCGGAUUCAGUGUAGAUUUUCCGGCUCACAUUACAUUCCACUAUUUCCGAGAAGGUCUUGAAGAUCCCGACUCAACACCGGCAAGACGGAUAGCCAAAUCGCUAGCAGCCAUAGGUUUUCCACUUCUUCAAUGUGGAAUUUCUACGGUGUUAUUUGUUCUUUGCUUAUUGUUUGUGAAGACCUACAUGAGUGAGGUGUUUGUUAAAACUAUGGUACUCGUCGUAACAUUGGGCCUUAUUCAUGGCCUGAUAUUUGUGCCCGCAUUCUUAUGCGCUCUUACCUCAAUAUACAAUACCUUUUUCAAAGACAGAUUUUGGGGGAGUCAGUCUUCAAUAGCGGAUUGGUUCACUCGAAAGGAUUCAAGACCUUCAAGCGUAGGAAAAGUCAGUGGGACCGUUCCUGCUUAGACAAGAUCUUCAUAUAAAUCUAUAUUACUCAAGAAGCUGAGAACUAGAGAAGAGUCUGAGUAUCUUACCUUAAGUGUUCAACCAAUUAGGUCUUUCUUUCACCGAACUCAGGUGUGUACGAGCACGUAACUGAUCUUAUUGCUUGCCUAGCAAUGACUGCCAAUGUGAAGCAUAAAUUUGCGUGCGAUUCGUGGAUAUUUCCGUCUUAUUGCGCUUUAGUCGUACGAACGACUUUUCUAUACAUAGGUUGUUUUGUUCUUUAAGGGACAGACAAUGCCUUAGUAGUGCCUUCAGUGUGGUCUUAUGAUCUAUUUGUUAUUGCUAAUAGCAAAUCAUUCGCUUGUUUUAUCGUUACUUCUGUAACGAGAUAUUACGUGUAAUUCAUUCUGGUGCACUGUGUUUGAUAAAUUUUAU